CCACGAGUCGACGGAAGUGAGGAAGGAGACUCGGCUAUAGUAAGACAGAGCAACGGCACAAAAGAUCAAGAUGUCUACCAAGCAAGUAGUCUCAUCCCUCUAUCGACGCUCUUUGAAGCUCGCCCUCGACUGGUCCGUCCACCGAUAUUUGUGGAGAGGACAAGCAGUCUACAUAAGAAGCCUCUUCGACGCAAACAAGAACAUUCGAGACCCGAGACAGCAGAAGGCAAGUCGAUGGCAUCAGGCGCCCCCAAUUAUUUCCAUGAUCUAAUACUGCAAUACAGGCUCUCUUCCAAGAGGCGGAGCUUCUGCUGGAGAAGUGGAAGCACCCGGAUCCAUACCAUGCGCCCACAGCACCUGGAGGAUCUAAAUUCGAGCGUAAUCUACCACCACCAAAUCUGGACCCUCCUCCACACAUCCAGAUGUAGAACUAUUGGUAGAGACAAGGUUUGGUUUGAGCUAUCGGGGUUUUGUACAUAG